CUCCAGUAUGCCCAUAUCAAUUUGAGGAGAUUGUUGUGUAUGACUAAUCUGCUGUAUUGACUGUGCGAUGGCCCUCAGGUCCAGAAGACCGCUGGUGAGCGUCAUCGUGGGGGUUUUUCUGGGCUUCACAGCCGCGUCGUGGCUGGUUGUCCCCAGAGUUGUGGAGACCAGUGUGAAGAACAGAAGGUCUUCAGUUUGCACAUACUACAGUAAUGCCAGGGCUCAGGCUAAAGUUUCAGACACCGCCCACAGUACCUCGUCAACCAAUGGCAGACGCAAGCAGCUGCAGCCGCUCUUCUCCAGUCAGGAAGGCAGUGAUGAAGGUGAAGAGGAGCUGUACAGGACAGGGAACAGUAGUGAUGCAGCGGGACCUAUACCUCCAGCUAACAGCUUUCUGUAUGUGGGGGUCAUGACAGCACAAAAGUACCUGGCCUCCCGGGCCGUGGCUGCCUACAGGACGUGGACCCCCAGUAUCCCCGGCCGAGUGGAGUUCUUCUCCAGUGAGGGCUCUGAGAGGGUGCCCUUGCCAAUCCCAGUGCCAGUCAUCUCGCUGACUGGGGUGGAUGAUUCCUACCCUCCUCAGAAGAAGUCUUUCAUGAUGCUGAAGUACAUGCACGACCAUUAUCUGGAUAAAUAUGAGUGGUUUAUGAGGGCUGAUGAUGAUGUCUACAUCAGAGGUGAGAAGUUGGAGUCAUUCCUUCGAUCUCUUAACAGUAGUAAGCCACUGUAUCUGGGUCAGACAGGUCUUGGUACCACAGAGGAGUUGGGUAAAUUAGCCUUGGAGCCUGGAGAGAACUUCUGUAUGGGUGGUCCAGGGAUGAUCUUCAGCCGGGAAGUUCUCCGCAGGAUGGUGCCUCACAUCGGGUCCUGUCUCAGGGAAAUGUACACUACUCACGAAGAUGUGGAGAUAGGACGCUGCGUCAGACGUUUUGGAGGAACCCAGUGCGUCUGGUCAUAUGAGCUGCUACUUACAUGUUCAGCCUCUCAAAUAUACAGUUUAAGUCAGAAUUUCAUUCAUUCAUUCAUUCAUUUUC